GUUUUUCCAUUCAAAAUUAAAAAGAGGGUUUUUUCCCCCAAUAUUGGUUUCGAAAAUCAAAACACGGAAAAAUAGCGCUCACAUUCCGUGUAUAUUUUGCCCAUUCGAUUUUCGUUUUGAAAUAAUUAAAAAAACAAAAACGACAAGUGAAUUGUUUUUAAUAUAAAGUCCAAAGUCAAAAUAUCAGAAAACAAGCCAUUUAAAAAAAUUUCCUUUAAAAUACGCACAAUAAAAAUUGUAGCUGACCAGUGUUUUGAUUUUGGUUUUCGAAACCCUCUUUUUGGUUUUGAAUGGAAAAACGAAUGAACGAAUCAUUCACGGAUUAUAGUGUCUGUCUUGCACAUCGGGAGGGGGGGGGCUCCGUUAUUCCGUUUCAGUUUUUACGAAGGUCGCGUGGCAGUCGCUCACGUCACCGCCUUGACUGGCGCGGCCUGAACGUCCCUUGGAUUGUGAUCAGGCUUCGCUCGCCGGUUUCUGAAUGUCAGUGUGAUUCCACAGGAGGAGAGAAUCGCUGAUUGUGAUCAGGCUUCGCUCGGCGGUGUCUGAAUGUCAGUGUGAUUCCACAGGAAGAGAGAAUCGCUGAUUGUGAUCUUCAGGCUUCGCUUGGCUGCGGCUGCGGGGCUUCAUGGCUCCCCGCGGACUCACAAAGAGACCAGUGUUCCCAGUUCCCGUGCUGCAAUGGAGAUGAAGCAGUAUCUGGAGAAGUCAAAGCUGGCAGAAAGUCUUCCAGCUUGUUCCAUGUCGCUCCGCUGUAGGGUCACUGCCCUGGCAUUCUUUGUGAUCUGCCUCAUCACCGGGGUCUUUGCUGGGAUGAUGAUCGCAUACCUGAAGCAGGAGGAAUAUUACUUCAUGGAGACCAUGGAGCUGAAAGGUCUCCAGUAUGAUCCCAGUUUGCAAGAUGAGGCAGCCACAGUGUCCAUAGUGCUCUCCGCCACUCUGAAGACCAAGAUAAGGAAGGUCUUCCUCACGUCAUCAGUAGCCAAUCGUUUUGUGGACAGUAAUGUUGUAACCUAUGGGAGCGUGAAUAACAGCGUGUUGGCGACCAUGAGACUGACUUUCAGAAUGUCCAAAGUUGGAAAAUACUCUGAUGAAAUAAUUCAAGACAUCAUGAGGGUGGGCCUGGAUGCCUCGUUCAGUGGCCGGCCGCUGGUGAUUCCGCAGUAUGGGGAAAUCAGCACCAUCAUUUUGCAUGGAGCCAGUGGGAAGUCCUUCUAUAAUACUGGAGGUAGUAGAGGCAGUUGUCCUGUCAACACCUUCACUUGUGACAACGGGCAGUGCAUCAGCAGAGCCAAUCCCGAGUGCGACUUCGUUGCAGACUGCGCAGACGGUUCUGAUGAAGCCCACUGCUCGUGUGGCACUCGUCCCGCCAUGAGCAGCCGGGUGGUGGGUGGUGUGGAUGCCCGCCGCGGGGAGCUGCCCUGGCAGGUCAGCCUGAGGCUGCAAGCUCAGCACACCUGCGGGGCCUCCAUCAUUAGCGAGAAGUGGCUCAUCACUGCGGCCCACUGCUUCGAGAGAGAUAAAGACCCACGAUCCUGGACAGCCCUGGUGGGGGCCACCUUGAUAAGCGGGCAGGAGCCAGAGUCCAGAGUGGUCAACAUCUCGUCCAUCAUCGUGUCUCCGGACUUCGACCCCAGCACCAUCAACAACGACGUCACGGUGCUGGAGUUGGAGUCGCCGCUCACCUUCAGCCCUUACGUCCAGCCCAUCUGCCUGCCGUCUCCCGCCCACGUCUUCAGCCCCGGCCAGGAGUGCAUGGUCUCGGGUUGGGGGGCGCUGCACGAGUUCAGUUUUGAGCUGCCCUCCACCCUUCAGAAAGCUGUGGUCAAGAUCAUCGACUCCAGAGUGUGCAACAGUUUGUCUGUCUACAAGGGGGCCGUCACUAGCAACAUGAUGUGUGCUGGCUUCCUGCAGGGCAAGGUGGACUCCUGUCAGGGAGACUCCGGCGGGCCCCUGGUGUGUGAGGAGGCCCCUGGGCGUUUCUUCUUGGCGGGGGUGGUGAGCUGGGGAGUGGGCUGUGCCAUGAUGAACAAGCCCGGGGUGUAUUCCCGCAUCACCAGGCUGCGUAACUGGAUCCUCAGGCAGACGGCCUCCGGCCUGCCCCCAGCGAUCCCGGCCGUGGCCGCUGCACCCAUGAUAACCGCCACGGUCAGCCAGCCUACUAGGCCUCCCACAGCACCUCCUGUACCCGCUGUAAACUGCAGUGGUAACUUCAAAUGUGCCGCGGAUGUGUGCACCAGCAAGGUCAACCCUGAGUGCGAUGGAGUCACAGACUGCCCCAACAAAGCCGAUGAGAUGAAUUGCGACUGUGGCAGCCGACCAUCUGUGGGCCCCCAGAGGAUUGUGGGUGGAUUGACGGCACGGAGCGGCGAGUUCCCAUGGAUGGGCAGCCUGCAGCAUCAGCGCUCCCACCGCUGUGGAGCUACACUCAUACACUGCAAGUGGCUCCUCACUGCUGCCCACUGCUUCAAUAGCAACCAGAGCCCUGCCGGAUGGACAGUCAGUCUGGGCUCAGUGGCCCGCUCGGGGAUAGGGGCGCUGGUCAUACCUCUCCAGAAGAUCAUCCUGCACCCAAACUACAACAGCAGCAACAUGAACUUCGACGUGGCUCUGCUGGAGCUGACGGUCCCGGCCCCGAAGUCCUACACCAUCCAGUCCAUCUGCCUGCCCUCCCCCGUGCACAAAUUUCAGAAGACUGACGAGUGCUACAUUGGGGGCUGGGGCUCCCUCAGGGAGGGAGGAUCGCUGACCACCCUCUUGCAGAAGGCUCAGGUGGGAGUCAUCGAGCAGCCCGACUGCCAGCAGGUGUAUGGACGAGGCCUCACGCCAAACAUGAUGUGUGCAGGUUUCAUGGAAGGUGGCAGCGACACAUGCAUGGGAGACUCUGGGGGCCCCCUGGCGUGCCGGGAACAUUCGGGCCGAUGGUUCAUCGCUGGGGUGACAAGUUGGGGUCACGGCUGUGGCCGAAUUGGCUUCCCUGGAGUUUACGUUCGGGUCACCGCCAUCAGAGAGUGGUUAUCCCGGCGAUUGCCUUUUUAAGGUUCAUUCAUGAAGGAGGCAACAUUAAUCCCAUAUUCUGUUUCAGCCCUGAGCUUUGUUUGCUAUUUUAUCUCACCAUUUGAGCUUCUUUGUUGUUUUUGUUUAUCAGAAUAUUAAGUGAAUA